CUGGUCACACUAUUAUGUUGCGAUUGGCAAGAAGAAGAGGCAUAACAAAAGUUUUUUUUGCGUUCUGAGAGUGGAAUAUUCCUACGCCCUAAUUGACCGAAGAAACGGAGACGACAGUUAAUGCUAUACACCUUCUGGACAUACAUACAGUUUAUCCAGCCAAGGCAAAAUGCAUUUAUAAAACGGGCGUUAUCGCAGUCGCAGCACCGAGCCAUCUAAAUCGAGGAACACAUCGCAUGGGAUAAAAUUGCGGCCUUGGGCGACGGAGCCAUCACCAUGGACCCGCAGAAGAUUACAGAACUGGCGAAUUUGCUUCGCCAGAACGGCGACAAAAUACUGAGCUCCGAGUUUACCUUGACGUUAUCAGGUUCCCUGCUGCGAGCGCUGAACGACUCCUUCACCCUGAUCGCGGACAUUGAGAUCGGAUCCGGCGUGGGCGCCCACCAGCACCACCAGUCCUUUCAGGUGGUCAAGCCCAUCAACGCGAAGUCCAGCGUCUUCCCCGACCUGCAGUUGGUGCACGACUUUGUGCAGAAGACGACCCUGCUCAAGCUCACCUACUUCCCCAGCGAGCUCUCCUUCGAAGGCGCCAUCGACAUCGGGAAAUUCCGAGCACUUCGGCGGCUGGAGGUGAACAAAAUCAACAUUGGCCAGGUGGUGGGCAUCCAACCGCUGCGCGGCCAGCUCCAGCAUCUGAUUUGCGUGAAGAGCCUGACCAGCGUGGACGACAUCAUCACACGCUGCGGCGGCGACAACUCCAACGGCUUUGUGUGGAACGAACUUCAGACGGCCGACUUCAGCUACAACAGCCUUCGCAGCGUGGACUCAGCUCUGGAGUUCGCCCAGCACUUGCAGCACCUGAACCUGCGGCACAACAAGCUCACCAGCGUGUCCGCCAUCAAGUGGCUGCCGCACCUGAAAACCCUGGACCUGAGCUACAACUGCCUCACGCACCUUCCGCAGUUCCACAUGGAGGCCUGCAAGCGGAUGCAGCUGUUGAAUGUCAGCAACAACUACGUAGAGGAGCUACUGGACGUGGCUAAACUGAAUGCCCUGAGCAUGCUGGAUCUGUCCGACAACUGCCUGCUGGAGCACUCGCAACUCCUGCCGCUGAGUGCCUUGGUGACCCUGACAGUACUAAACCUGCAGGGCAAUCCGCUGGCCUGCAAUGCGAAGCAUCGGCAGGCAACGGCGCAGUAUCUGCACAAGAACUCGGCGACGGUGAAGUUUGUUCUGGACUUUGAGCCACUGUCCAAGGCGGAGAAGGCACUGACGGGCAGCCAGAAAUUGCGCUACAUAGGCUCGUUCAACCAUCGCAUGUCCAGAAGCAGCUCCAUGUCCAUCAACAGCUCCAGCUCCAUUAACACCAGCGAAGGUUCCAGCUUUGGCUCCCAGCGAUCGAUGACAAUGAGGGGAAAGGAUUUCUCGGAAGAAUCGGAGCAGUCUAUGGCAAUGGACACCUCGCAGUCCAGCAAACUGCCAGGCUUGAAGAAGAUAAGGACCGUGAAUAUUGAGGAGAACAGUGAGACUGAGUCAGUCACAGCUGUUUCCACACCGAAACCUCAACCCAACUCCGAAGAGGGAACCGAUACUUCCCACUUGGAGACUAAGAAGCAAAUUGAGACUCUCCGUUCUACCUAUGGCAAUAAAUGGCUGAAGACCGGUAACGCUGAACUGUUGCUGGGAAUGGAAUCGCCACAGCCUACUGAGCAGGAGCGCAGCGAGGCUCGCCAGCUCUUCAAUGAGUUCCUUGGGGAAUUCUCGGCGUCAUCUAAUGCUAAAGUUGAUUCCCAAGCGGAUUCUGAGUAUCUCAAUAUAAGCUCUACUCCCACAAACAGCGUUGCGUUGGGUGGCACUUUUGACUCCACCAUAACCCCUAUUAAAUCGGAUGCGAACGACGCAAGUGGACAAAGCCUUUACGAGACUUGCACUGAGGGAGAAGUGUCCAAUUACGAGAGCAUCGCCAACACCACCGAGGAUAGGCUGGCGGAAGAGAAACCGAAUGAUAAGCACACCGAGUUGCUAAGUCUCUAUGCGCAAAGCUCAAACGCUGGUCAGGAUGACGAUCCGAUAUCCGAUGCAGAGUCCGACGAGGAAACGUACAUUGUCUACCAUGAACAAAAGUCCAGCGAGCCUGUGUUUCUGACCAUAUCCUCGAACUUCAUCCGCGAAAAGGAUACGCUAAGCGAACGGACCAAAACCAAAUGGAGUCUGAAAAUCUUGGAGUCAUGCGAACGUGUAAAAUCCAAUACGUUGCGAAUUAACUUCGACACAAUGCGAAAGGACAAACAGGAGCGGAUCUAUUGUGUGGAGAAUUCAUUGUGCCAGGCACUGGAGAAGAAACUACGGGAUAUUCUAUCCAUGCGGGAUCUGACCGAAAUGAACAUAUCCAUCUACCGCUGUGUGAAUUGUCUCACACAAUUUACCAUUGAGCAGAAGAGCAAGCGAUAUAAAACAAAGGACUUGCGCUGUCCGGACUGUCGCAGCGUGUACGUGGCCGAAGUUACGGAACUCUCCACCUCUUUGAACAAACCGUCAGGGGAAGUGGUCGCCGAGCCCAAACUUUCUCCAGCCAUGAUUGUCGAGGAAUCGCCAGCAGAAACAUAUGUGGGGACGAUGAAUAAGGAGGAGAGCAACAGCAUUGUGGCCAACUACAGGCUUACAACUGCUAAAAACACACCCAAGCGUAGGAGUUUGAUGCAAGCCACCAAAAGUUCCGCCAAUUCGCUAAACGAGAGCAGCUCUUGCUCAAAAAUUACCAACUCGCAGAGCUCCUUCGACUCUAAUCAGUCCGUAGUGGGCAGCUCGAAUACGGACCGUGAUCUGGAGUUUCGGGCAAACGAGAGUGAUGUGGACAUCAUCUCCAAUCCGAGCCAGUCCAGCAUAGAGGUGCUGGAUCCGAGCUGCGUGCAGAGUGGCAGUCGCAAGACCUCAGAGGAGCGCCGCAUAUCCCAACUGCCGCAUCUGGAGACGAUUGACGAUGAAGUAGUGCAAACUAAGAGCUUCAUCGAUCGAGAGUUCGGACAGCUUCUGGCGGAGCAGGCGCAGCCCACGGCAUCUGCUGCCGCCGCUUCCUCGGCUCCCAAGCCAUCAUCUGUGCCCCAAAUUCCGCUGACAGAGAGCAGCUCGUCAGGGUCCGUAACCGACAGCAUUUGUACCACCUACGAGCAGCAGGGCUUGGAUGCCUCGCACAUGCUGACUAAUUCGCUGCUUACCGAAUCGGCAGGCAGCCAGAUUAGUAGCUCGGAGGCGGACUCGAACAGCCAUUUGAAAAGAGCCGAAGAAGCCAGCCUCCUACCAUUCGCAUCCGUCCUUCAAUCAACCAACCUGCUGAUGUCCAGCUCAAAGAAGCUAAUCGAGUCUGAGGCUGCAUUCUUAGGCGCUCAGCCCUACAAGUUUAACUUCAGCGACUUCAACAACAUCGACCACCGCCUAAAGCUCUACUUCUACCAGUCCAAGUUCAAGGAGAACGGCGAGCACUUUAAGUGGCUGGCCAAGGGGCAUAUCUACAACGAGCAGACCCAGGCCAUGACAGAAGGACUCGUGGUGAUGUCCAACUGCAAGUGCUACCUGAUGGAGGCGUUCGCAGAGCCCCACGACGAGGUGGCCAAGUGGCUGCGGCAGGUCGUCGGAGUGUCUCUCAGUCGCUUGGUGACGAUUGAGCUGCUGCCCUGGAAGCUGGGACUGUCUUUCAGCCUGCGGGACUGGGGAGGAUUUACGUUGCUGUUGCACGACAUGCUGAGGACCGACAGCUUGCUUACUUACUUGCGACAUAAUCCUCCGCCGGUGCAAUGCAAACUGAAUCAACAGCCCUCGCCCACACUUAGCAAUCAUUUGCAGACUGUUGCAUCCGAGCCAGUUAAGAUGUGCGCCCUGAUUUCCAGCUGUCAAUGGAUUUGUGAGCAAGAGCAGAGCAGCUUUGUCCCCUGCCUGCUUUUGAUCACGGAGUCGCACUUGUACAUCCUAGGAAGUGGCAUAUUCUCGUGGCUAUCCGACAAAGUGCAGAAAAACUCAGCUCACCAGGAACUCAGGCUUAGUCAGCCUUUGAGUAAUUUGGUGGACGCGGAACGUGUAACAGACCAAAAGUAUGUGAUCAACUUCAUUGAUGAGACGCAGAACAAGUGCGAGGUCUGGCAGCUGCUGUUCGAGACGCACGAACUCGCCUUGUGUUGCCUGGAUGUCAUCGGACAAGGGUGGAAGCAGCUAUUUGGCGUGCCAUUCAGCCUCUCUGGGAGGUAGUUAAGCGCUGGAGCCUGGGGACCAACUAGUAAGGACUACCUGGCAUCAGGAAACAAAAGUUAGCCUGCUCCGACUAUUGUGCAAAAUUUAUUAUUGUUGAUCUUUAUUGACUAUGUUAUUUAAUGUCAGAUAAGUUUUAUUAACUUAACCUACGUAACAGUAGUGGAACGUGGACUAGGUUUAAUUAAUGAGAAAUGGUGCUGACCCACGAAACAAAUGUAAAUAGCUAUAACUGAAGACCCUGCAAUAUAUUCAAAUAAAAAAAUG